GGUUUCUUCCCAGCAUCGGUCACUCUUCAUCGAACGGUAUCAAUGACCAGGUUGAUGUAAGACGACGGGCUUUUCCGGAGUGAGUUUUCGCGAGCUUUCUAACCUUUUGAGUGGAAAUUAGUGCAAGUUGGUGGAGUUUGAGGUGUUUGGAGGAAGAAUAACUCGGAUAAACUUGAAGAAAAGUUCUUAAUUUGGAGAAAAUAGUCCUUCAAAAAUUGAUAUCUCAAAUUUGAGGAGAGGAAAACCCUUCUCAAAGUGAAGUGUGAAUUCAACCUUUGUAACAAGGGAAGGGAAGAAAGUUAUCGAUUUGGUGAAUCAGUGGUGUGUUUGGAAAACAGCCGCCUCCAGCAGAAGAAGAGUGUUUCAAGUCCAGCUCCAGCUGCUUGCCAACCUUAAGUCGGAAGGGGACACUUAACCAACCGGACGCGGCGCAGUUCCCGAAUCUCUCACUCGGAUCGACCACCAUGGGAGACCACGGUGGCGGAAUCAUCGAUGGCGGUACCAGCCUGGAUAUGGCCACCCUCGAAACUGAUUACGUUGUUCUAAUUUCAGUCGUUCCAGCCGUGCUGGGCCUAACGGCGGCAGCCAUCCUCGCCGUGACGGCCUGUUUCUGUGCCCGGCGAAUCCGCCGCCAGAAGAAAAAGUCCGGCGGUCUCGAAGUGUCCGGAUUGCCAUUCCAGCCUCCAAGACCCCCACGAGCCGUCCGAUCCCCGAGCGGUCAGCCACCCCAAUAUCUGAAGAAGUCCCCUUCGCCAACCGGAAUCAAACCACCCCCCGGUGGACACCUUCCGGCGCAGUCCCCGACGGAACAGCAGAGCUGCAUCUCAACGAACUCAAUCCCGGCCCCGAUCAACACGACCACCACCAAGUACAGCGAAGAAAACGAACUGACCCCAUCCCGGAAGGUCCAGCUGGAGCCGAAAUCCCCCGUCGACGGAGACAGCUCCGUCGUGGAUGGGAACGAAAACUCCGACCUCACCGAGUACGGCCGCCUUGGAUCGAUCGUGUUCAAGUUGCGCUUCCUGGCCGAUCGAAGUGCGCUGGUAGUGUCGGUGGUGCGCUGUCGUGGACUUCCGGGAAAGAACCACAAUUCUACGACCACCGAUUUGACGGCACUGCCGGCUGGGCCGCUGUGCAACGGAAAUGGAAACGUCAAACAGAAUGCGACCGAUCCGUACGUGAAGCUACAGCUGCUGCCCGAUAAACAGCACAAGGUUAAGACCAGAGUGGUCCGCAACACGCGCAACCCGGUCUACGAUGAGGACUUUACCUUCUACGGGCUGACGCUGACCGAGCUGGCCGGCAUGUCGCUGCACUUUGUCGUGCUCAGCUUCGACCGGUACAGCCGGGAUGACGUGAUCGGCGAGGUGGUGUGCCCGCUGGCCGGAAUCGACCUGCAGCAGAUCGAGAACCAACAGGUGGCGCUGAGCCGCGAGAUUCAACCGCGCAGCCUGAAGAUCCGUGCCCAAGGCCGUGGGGAGUUGUUGAUUUCGCUGUGCUGGCAACCGGCCGCGGCCCGGCUCACGGUGGUCCUGCUGAAGGCGCGCAAUCUGCCCCGGAUGGACGUGACCGGGUUGGCCGAUCCGUACGUCAAGAUCUACCUGCUGUACAACGGGCAGCGGAUCGCCAAGAAGAAGACCCACGUCAAGAAGCGAACGCUGAGUCCGGUGUUUAACGAGAGCUUCGCGUUUGACAUCCCGUCCACGGAGGGCACCGGGGCCACGCUGGAGGGUGUUUCGCUCGAGCUGAUGCUGCUGGACUGGGACCGGGUUACGAAGAAUGAGGUUAUUGGACGUCUGGAGCUGGGUGGACCUCGAAGCACAGGGUCGGCCCUGAACCACUGGAAGGAGGUGUGCAACUCGCCACGCCGGCAGAUUGCCGACUGGCACAAGCUGAGGGAGUAAGUUGGGAAGGGGGAUUUUUGAGUUUUGAACUGACAAGUGAGGUUAUGUUUUGUGAAUGAAUGCAACAGAAAAAACAAGGAAACUUUAUUUAGUAUUUGAGACGAUGACUUUCUGACGAAAUGAUCUGACUGUUACGUUAAGUUAAUUCUAGCUUUGUAAAGACAUUUUCAGCCCAACUUUCAAGACAAGAUGGAUCCCAUUUGAAACAAAAUGGCCGCCAUCGAGAGUUGUCAACAAAUGGAAGGCGCCAUUUUGUAAAAAUGUUGACUCAGAAGAAAUUCUUACAAAAGCAGCGACUAAAGUUUCUGAUUUUGUACGCAAUUAUAUCUCAGUAAUCAAAUAAAUAAAAAAUAAAAACACAAAAAAAUCAGUAGCACUUUCAAAGCAACUUAUAUGAAAACACACACAAACACGCGUUAGCACGAAACAUCAUAACCAAGCCUCAACUUCUUCAUCUAAACAGAAAUUUAACCACAUUUAAUCAGUGCUAGAACAGUAAUAACAAAAAACAACGCUAAAAACGCACCUUUGAGCGAAAUACAAAUAUACAAAACAAAAAAGAUAAUGAAUGAGAAAAAAAAAAAACAAAAUUUUAGAGACAUAUUAUAACCACCACUGACUGCAGAAAUAAUAAAAACAAUGAGUAAAGCCAUUUCAGAAUGUUGCGACAGAAAGAAAAUGUCAAAGCAAAUGCUUAAAAAAAACCACUCACAGGCAACUAGAUCGAACAAGUGCACCGCUGAAACUAAACAACGUAGCAAAACUUAAAGUAAACAACAAGGAUAAGAAAAUGUGCCAGCCUAUUGCAAAAAGUUUGAGAAAAAUAUGCCAUCAUCGUUAAAAAGAGGGCACACAAAACAACACUCAAACUCACAGAUGUCGUUGUAAAUAAAGGUAAACCAAACAAAUUAUUAAAGUAUAACCAAAGAAGUAAAGAGACACACUUUUGGAAGGCUUCAAGCUUUGACAACAAAACAAGAAACAUUUAUAAAAUGGGGGGCGGACUGAUUCCGGAUCACUUUUUACAGGGUGUUUUGAUUGGAUUUUCGGACUGGGGAAUUUUUCGCGAAUUUGGGAGAAAAAUAAACAAAUUGUGUUUGAUGAACGAAUAAUACUGACACACAAACACACACUCAAUGCAUA